AUGAUCGCGCCUCGGAUAAACCUCAUUGGCUAUGAUACUGCCAUUGCACGAAGCUGGUUCUUGUGUUUUAAAUGUGAAGCGGGACACCAAGUUCAUGAAAAACUGCGGGGCGGCCCUGCAGGGACCAGGCCGCUGUCUCCCGAAGGCGGGCUUCCCGGACUGACGGAGAGCCUGGGUCUCCAGCGGAAGCGCGGCGCGUCCUGGGGGUGUCCGAAGCCCCUGGUCUCUUCCCCAGACCUUUGUCACAAAGGGCAGUUCGCGGGGUCCGCGAGCCUGCAGGAGGCUGACCCGGCUGCGGAAACCGGCGCUGCCUCGCUCGGCCUGCACGGAAGGGAGGGCCCUCGGCCCUUUCAGCCCAGCCCGGCCGGCGGGACCCCUGGGGAGGACCUCUCUGUGCGAUUGAGUCGCGUCCCUUCGAGCGAGCGGGUGGCACCGCCACGUGUGCGGCCCAGCGGAGGCUCGCGCGCGCGGCGGUGCGGGAGAUCCCCGCGGAAGGCGUCCGCCGCCCAGCAGCACCCCGGUGCCUGCCGCUCGGCUCGCACCGGCCCAGACGCGGACAGAUGUUUACUGCCUCGAGCCCCGACCGCUGGGGAGACGGAGCGGCGGGCGCGGCGCACCGCGCGGCGCUGGCGGGGCUUGGGGCUCCCGGUCGGGGGUGCGAGCGAGCGGGGGCGGGUGGAGGGCGAGGGGGUGGAAAUAGGAGGGGGAGUGGGUGGACUAAUGAUGAAAAAGUCUCCUCCAUCCCGGCUCCUUAAUUAAAUGCAUGGAAAGAACCGCGCGAGCACAUCUGGUUUCAAUCUGCAGCCCUUUGAUGGCAUCAAAUGUUCUUUUCCCAGAUCGGGGCUGGGCGUUCUGGGCUAACUAUGGCCGUUUGGAGCCCAGAAACCAUUUACACACACUCGGACCCUUCUUUCUCUCCAGUCGAGCCUCUCGGCUAUAGGAGGGAGAAGAAGGGGGGAGAAAAAGUCUAGUAAUCAAGCCAGCGGGAAAGUAUGUGUGUGUGUUUGAAGAACAUAAAAUGCCACAAAUAAGCACUUAAUAUUUUACUUACUCGUCAUAUAGUAACUCAUUUCUAAUGAGACUAUUAAAGCUGUUACCAAAUUCCAACAGGUCAUGAAAAACUCCCUGAGCACCUCUCUGUUCCUUGUCAAGUUAGGGCUCGGCAGACGGGCGGCAGGGCAUUAUCCCUAGACGUGGGAGCUCCUCUCUCCCUCCCUGUCCCUCCUCCUACGGCCCCUCCCCCGCCCGCCCAGGCGCCCGGGUCGGACCCUGUGCUCAGGACCGUCGCCUGGCCACUCGCUCCAGGAAUGCCCCCGACUCCUGCGCAUCUGGGCAGCGCGACCCUCCCGACUCCGCGCUGUCGCCUGGGGAAGCGACCUUGGCCGCACGGAAGAGGUUACGAAAUUGGCCAGGGUGGGAGGAGGGAGCAAUUAAGCUCCGCUCCUCGAGUUCUUUCCUCCAGCGAAAUAAAUAUGUAAAUUUCCUGCUGCCCUGGCCGCGGGAUUCCGAGCGGCGCGAGAGACUCGAAUCGAUUCGGCACCUUCCAGCUCUCCCCGAACCGGCCUUGGGUUCGCGGAAGACGCGUGGGAGAGCCUCCCGUCCUUUGAUUACAUUAUUUCAUAGGCUGUCUCUGCGGAGCCCUACGGAGCCUUAAUUUGCUCGCGCUCGCCUUCGUGCGCUCUCAGACGCUCCCCCACCCCCCAAAACUGUUAGAACGACAGGAAACGCUAAAGAAAAAAAGGGCAGAGAGAAGAAAAUUUGAUUGAGAUAGUUGUGGAUUUUUUCCAACAAGUUUCCCCGCAGCUGUUAUCAAAACAUGCAAAUGAGUUUUUCCAACAGGAUCUUAAACAAAUCUGGAGGAGUUAAUGCCCAAGCAAAAUAGUCAGCCCGUUUGAAGUGACUGUGGGUUUCAGUUUGUCUUGUCUCCCCGCGAUACUACUGCAGGGAAUGAUAAUUAGACCUCUGCUUUAAAAGUCCAAGGGGCUCUCUCGCUCUCGCGCUCUCCUCCCCCCCUUUCGCUCCCUCCUCCCUCUCUGGCUCCCUCCCUCUCUCUUUCUCUCUGGCUCAGAUGUUGGCAAAGGGGGUUUUCUUAAUCAGACUGUUUUUUGGUCCGAAGGAAAGGAGGAAGAAGGAGAUUGUGAUGGAGAAAGGGGGUCUGUAAAACGUCAGGCACCGCACAAAGGCUUUGCCACGUAAUUACAGGCUCCUAUUAAGUCGAGAUCUGCCCUCCCAGGGGUCUCCAAUUUUCUUGUAUUCCCUACAAAGCCUCCUCUGCAUGCCAGUUUGUGCCUUUUGAAGUGCCAGAGAGCUUCUUGAUCCAACUGAGAAGGAAAAAGGAGCUCAGCGAGAAGAGGGGGAGAGCGAGCGGGAAGGGAAAGGGGGAAACCCACCGCCACCCUCCUUCGGACUCUUGAAGCCCUUUUUUUUUUCUUCUUACGAAAAGUAAAGUGAGAAUCCUGCUCUCCAAUACAUCUGCAAGACAUCACCCUCUCCUCCUGAAACUUUAGUCACUCCUGAGAAUCCACAGGAGUGCAGAGAGGGGGAACACGUUUUCUUGAAGAUGUUUUAAAGCUGGAACAAGCCUUCUUCUGUUGGUGCUUGAACUCUUGCCUGGGAAUAACUUUUUUAACCUUGAAAAAAAAACCCACUUUGAUUCUUCUCUCCCACCCCUUCGUCUCUCUUCUUCUGUUUGCCUAACUCCCCCGCCCUGCUGGCCUCCCCUUUCCUUUCUCCCCCUUAUUAUUAUUUUUAGUGUGUGCGUGUGGACGCGUUUGGAGAGCUAGAAGGAAUUUUUUUUUUCUCCUGACUUGAACAUAGGGUGACUUUUUAAUUUUAUUUUUUUGGUGUGGAUUAUCUCCUUGGACCGCGCCGGGCUUGGCCUCAGGAAAGCAACCGAGGCUGUCGAAGGCUGUUGGUGCAGAACGCUCGCUCUGCAGAAGGGGGUCCCCCGCCCUCUUUCCUUUUUUUUUUUUUUUUUUUUUGUCCUUAGCCUCCUUCUCUCUCUCUCUCUCUCUCUC